AGCUGGCAUCUCAACUCUGAAAGUUAACAUGGCUUCCAGUGGUAAGAUUCUUCUGGCCCUUGUCCUUCUUCAAGUGGCACUGGUUUUGGCAAAGCCUUACGAUUCCCUUUACGAUGAACUUUUUCCCUCUUAUAGAGAUAUGCGGGAUGAGUAUUUCCACAGACGAGAAGCCCAAGCAUGUUCUCCUGGCAGAUUUAUAGUGGGCUACUGCCGAGUGACGUGUAAUGAAGGGGAGCGAGCAUUCGAAGGGCCAGUGCAUGGAUGUACUGAAAGCCAAAAAUGCUGCGAAUGCAUGGGCUUAGGUACUUGCAAACCAUAAGCAGUGUGACCUACAUGUGCAGUACUUCAGUUCUGUUGACUCAGUAACUUUAGGCAUUUUAUUUGGGUUAUAUACGCGUACAUGACGACAAACUGAAAAAUAAAAGCUACCAUGC